AGGAACUGUCCGCCUGCAGUCGUCCCCUCGUACCCGGAGUGGUCAGCAGGACAGCUCUUGUUGCACUCGCACUGGGACGGGGCCGGGAACCAACAGGAGCACUCACGGUCGGACGCAGAUGACGUUCAGAACAUAAUAGAAUCAUAACAAAAGAAGGCAACAGUGAUGGACGCUAAGACAUACAAGUCAAACCCCAACCCAACGGCGACGGCAAACACCAUCUCCAAACUCUUCCUCUGGUGGAUACGGAAGCUGGUGUGGAAGGGGCACCUGACAGAAGACGAUCUCUUUGACAGGCUCGAUGAAGACGCUAGUGACGUCUUGGCUGAUAGACUGGAAAAGUCUUGGGACGAGGAACGCAUGCAAGCAAAACAGAAGGGCAUCAAACCGAGUUUCACUCGGGCUGUACUCAGGGUGUUCUGGCUGCGCUACUUCCUCUAUGGCCUUCUGGAACUUUUCGACGUGGUUAUCCUUAGACUGGCGCAGCCGCUGCUGUUGGGUCUGGUCAUUCAGCACUUCUCCCCCAACAGCGACGUCACCCAGCAGCAGGCUUACAUGUACGCCAGCGGCCUGGUGCUCAUCAACUUCGUCAAAGCGUUCUGCAUUCACCAAUACAACUUGAAAGUUUCCUUGAUCGGCAUGAGGAUCAGGGUUGCCUGCUGUUCCCUUCUCUACAGGAAGGCGCUUCGCAUCAACAGACAGUGUAUGGACGUUGCUGCAGUUGGGCAGAUUAUCAACCUGAUGUCCAACGACGUGGCCCGGUUGGAUGUGGCCGCCCUGAACGCCAACGGGCUGUGGAUGAGCUUCAUAUCCACAGCCGCCAUUACCUACCUCCUGUACCAGUACGUGGCGUGGGCCGGAUUCGCAGGUGUCGCGUCCGUGGCCAUUAUGACUGUUCCAACACACAUUUACACAGGGAAGCUCUUUGCACGAUUUCGCAACAAAAUCGCCCGAAGAACCGACGAGAGGAUGAGGAUGAUGAACGAGAUUGUGCAAGGCAUCCAGGUGAUCAAGAUGUACGCCUGGGAGAAGCCCUUCGCAGAGCUCGUGGCUGCGUCGAGGAAGUCUGAAUUUCGCAGACUGCUGCAGGCAGCAUACCUCAAGGGCCUGCUGGUGGCGUCUUCGGUGUUCAUGGAGAGAUCCUCUCUUCUCGUGACGCUGCUGGCGCAUUACCUGGCUGGCGAAGUCGCCGGUCCUGAGAAGAUAUUCGCGAUGGCCCAAUUCUUCAAUAUUCUCAAUCUUUGUCUGGCGACGAUGUUCCCCUGGGCAAUAUCCAGUCUGCAGGAGGCUAAAGUAUCCUUUCAGCGCAUAGAGGACUUUCUACUGAAGCCAGAGGCGCCUGCUGACGACAGCAACAGGAGAGCCACAGUGGGGGAGGUGGCUGUCUCCUUGCAGCACGUGUCGGCCUCGUGGGACGGCGCCCACCCCACCUUGGUCAACGUCAGCCUCAGUAUUGCACACGGCAGUCUCUGUGCUGUUGUCGGGCCUGUUGGAUGCGGAAAGAGCUCUCUCCUGUACGCGCUCAUAAAUGAGCUGACGCCAACAUCUGGAGACCUAAAGAUUGGAGGGAAUGUGUCGUACGCGAGCCAAGAGCCGUGGGUAUUCGUGGGCACCGUGCGGCAGAACAUCCUGUUCGGACAGCCGUACGACCGGAUGAAGUACCAGCGAGUGGUGGAGGCGUGCGCCCUGUCCAAGGACUUUGAGCUGCUGCCGUACGGCGACCAGACGUUGGUGGGCGAGAAGGGCAUCACCCUCAGCGGCGGACAGAGGGCCAGGGUCAACCUCGCCAGGGCAGUCUAUCGUGAGGCGGACAUUUACUUGCUGGAUGAUCCUUUGUCUGCUGUGGACACUCACGUAGGAAAACAUUUGUUCGACGAGUGCAUAAGUUCCUACCUGAGUGGCAAGACGAGAAUUCUGGUCACUCACCAACUUCAGCACUUGCAGACUGCUGACAACAUCGUGGUGCUUAACAAAGGGAAGAUCGAACAUCAGGGAACCUUCGAGGAAAUCAUCAAGAGCGGUGUCAGCUUCUCAAAACUGAUGUCUUAUUCUGAGGAAGAAUCUAAACAGGAGGAGUUCGGCAUUUCACGACAGCGAAGCAUUAGAAAAUCGUUUCGUAGAAAGGAGGAUAGUCGUAGGACGCCAAAGCGUAUUGGAUCACGAAAGGGUUACAAAGGAGGAGCUCUCCGGCGAGUUUCUGACUUGUCACGAGUGAGCAUUGCUGCUGACCAGCCGGGGAAAACGAAACUGGACGCUUCCCAGCAGGACAGUAACGAGGAGAAGGCGCAGCGGUCGCUCAGCUGGUGGGUGGUGUGGGAGUACUUCAGGGCUGGCGGCGGCGUGUGCGGGGUGUCCGCCGUCGCGGCGCUCAUACUGGUGUCCCAGGUCGUCACCAGCGGCUCCGACUACGUCAUCACUUACUGGUCCAACAUAGAGGCGAGGCGCAGCUCUCUGCGGCUGACCAGCGCCGCCGACCAGGCGGCGGCGUCGCAACUGGAGGCGCUGCCGCCGGGCCGCUUCUUCCUGGAGCUGUACGGCGGGCUCGUGCUCGGCUGCAUCCUCCUCAACCUGGUGCGCGUGCGCGCCUUCUUCUACUUGUGCCUGCGCGCCUCCAGGAACCUGCACGACCGCAUGUUCAACUGCGUUCUCAGGGCCGCCAUGCGCUUCUUCGACACAAAUCCCUCUGGGCGGAUUCUCAACAGAUUCUCCAAGGAUAUUGGCUCUAUCGACGAACUCCUGCCGAUGUUUGCGAUGAUGAUGAUUCAGAUUUACCUGGUGCUUUGUGGAAUUUUAGCAAUGGUGGUAGUGGUGAACUAUAUUUACAUUGUUCCCAUCAUCAUCGUUGGAGCAAUGUUCGUCUAUAUGGCGCGACUUUUCAUAAUUACUGGAAGAAGUGUGAAAAGUCUUGAGAGCAUUCGAAGAAGUCCCAUUUAUUCACAUCUUUCCGACACAAUCAAUGGUCUGGCAACAAUAAGAGCCUCAGGGACACUGGCUCUUGUCAAGGAGGAGUUCGAUCUUCACCAGGAUAGGCAUACAUCAGCCUGGUUCCUGCACAGAGCGAAUGGAGCCGCACUUGGAAUAUGGCUGGACUUCCUCAGCAGCGUUUUCGUCGCCGUAGUGACGUAUGGUUUCUUCGCGCUCUCAGCAGGAGAGUUUGGAAGCUCUGGAGUGGGACUUGCCAUUUCGCAGUCGCUGAUCCUCACCGGCAUGCUUCAGAUCGGGAUUGUCCAGACGACGGAAGUCGUCAGUCAGAUGACGUCAGUAGAGCGAGUUAUUGAGUACACCAAGAUCCCAGCAGAAGGCGCGCUUGAAUCAAAUACAGAUGCUAUUCCACCUGCUGAAUGGCCGCAGAGAGGGAAAAUUGUCUUUCAGAAGCUAUAUCUCAAAUAUAAUGAACCAGAUCCUCCCGUACUGAAGGAUCUUAAUUUUACUGUUGAAGCUACACACAAGGUUGGCAUUGUGGGCCGAACUGGCGCUGGAAAAUCUUCUAUCAUUUCGGCGCUGUUCCGUCUUGCUCCAACAGAGGGCACCAUCGUUAUUGAUGAUAUCGACACAAGCCGCCUCGGACUACACGACCUUCGGAAGCACAUUUCCAUCAUCCCCCAGGAGCCGGUGCUCUUCUCGGAGAGCCUCCGGUAUAAUCUCGACCCAUUCUCAGAGUUCGAGGAUGCAAAACUCUGGGAAGCUCUUGAAGAGGUGGAGCUCAAGUCCUGUGUCGAGACACUAGACUUCCAGGUGACGGAGGGCGGCAGCAACUUCAGCGUGGGCCAGAGGCAGCUGAUCUGCCUUGCUAGGGCCAUACUCAGGAACAACAAAAUACUGGUACUCGAUGAGGCCACUGCCAACGUCGACCCAGAGACGGAUGCCCUAAUUCAGUGUACGAUUCGCAGAAAAUUCAAGCACUGCACAGUGAUUACUAUCGCCCACAGGCUGAAUACUGUUAUGGACUCAGACAAGGUGCUCGUGAUGGACGCUGGAUCUGUAGUGGAGUAUGACCAUCCACAUAUUCUGAUGAAGAAUCUGGAUGGUUUUCUGUCGAAUCUUGUGGCAGAAACGGGAACUGCGAUGGCGGAACAACUGAGAAAUGUUGCUGAGAAGAGCUAUACUACACCGGCUGUCGUAGAAGAAGAAACGAAAGGGGAAGAUAGUGAUGAAGAAGGAGAACAAAUUACGAGGCUAUAGUUCUUCAACCACUUCUUACACUCCCUUUGCUGUCGCCAUGACACUUUCCCAUGUGUUGUGGAAGAGCCCAAAAACUGUUAGACAUUUCAUUUGUCACGUGUAGAGUGGAGACAUGGAGUUCAUCAGUGCCUGUUACUAAGAUUAAUUUUAUUUAUUGUGUGUUUAUUUUGUAUUUAGAAGCAUCUGUCGUAAUUUUUUUACCCACUUGCCUGUUACUGACACGUAGCUUGAAAUACAUUUAAAUGCCUCUUUU